AUGAGGUUAGGAGUCACAACCCAAAUCAUUAACUAUCCUGCAAAGAAAGAAAGAAAACCAAAUUGCUCUUCUUUCUACUUCAUCAUGUCUCUCGUGAAAGAACAAGUCGCUGAUUGGGGUAAUAUUGUAGGUGAUAUUUUAAGAUGCAUUGCCGAUAAAACUUACUCUUUUCAAGAUCGUGUUCGGAUGGGCGUAGUUUGUCGAUCUUGGCAAGCUUCACUGAAGAAUGAAAAAAUCAAUUUUCAUAUUUUUUUGAUGCUUGCAGAGAAAAAGAAUAGUGAUAGACGUUGUUUUAAUAUUGGUGCAACAGAAACUAUCCUUGAGCUUGAACUGCCGGAGAUCCGAGGAAAGAGAUGCUGGGGCACUCCUUUUGGUUGGUUGGUCACUUACGGCCUUGAUCUUGAAAUUGGAUUGUUUAAUCCUUUAUCGAGAGCAAGUAUCUCCCUUCCUUCACAACGAACCUUAGACUAUGAUAUAACGCACCAUACACCACAACAAUUGCGUUUAUAUUUUAUACACAAAGUCUUAUUAUCCUCGAGUCCAACUUCCUCUGAUUGUAUUGUUAUGAUAAUUUAUGGACGUGUGGUUGAUGGGGAGAUGGAUUCGUUAGCAUUUGCAAAGCCCGGUGACCAAGCAUGGACUCAAAUUCCUUUUACCUCUUUGUUGGAUGAUGUCAACUAUUUCAAUGGCAAUUUCUUUGCUGUAAGUAGUAUGGGGCAACUUUUUCUAUUUGAGGAUUUAAAUGGACCUGCUCCAAAAGUUGUUGAAUUCGCUGCACCACCUCCAAUAGAUGAACCUCAUGAUAAGAAAUAUAUAGUUGAUUUGGGGGGUCAUCUUUGUAUGAUGUCCCGCCUACAAUUUCCAAAUGAAGUUAGUUAUGACAGUGGAAAAGUUGAACUAGUUAAUUUAACGGAGGAUUUUGAUAUUUUCAAACUUGACAUGCAUACAAAGAAUUGGGAGAGAAUUUUGUCAUUGGGCGAUCACUCUUUGUUUCUUGGGAAUUGCAGCACUUUCUCCGUCUUGGCAGCUGAUCACCCUGGAUGCAAGCCUAAUUGUAUUUACUUUACGGAUGAUAAUCCUUAUUAUUAUACUCGAGUUAGUGUUUCUGAUAUAGGUAUUUACAAUUGUGAUAUUAGGGAAGACGUGGAUUAUAUAGAUGAUGAUGAAGUGCCGGAUCUACUUAAUUCAUUUUCUCCGCCGUUGUGGAUCAAGCUAUUCUAG